AUCAUAAUUACUAAUUACUGUUCAUCGUACUAGAACUGGUUUUGGGUCGUUGGAUUGUAUAAUUAUGUAGGACUAUUUUAUAUAUAUUAUAUAUAUAUAUAUUCAUUUAAUAAUGAAUAUGGGCUCACAACAAUUUACUACAUGCAUAACUUUAAUCUAUAUAUUUGCUUAAUUUCUGUAUGGUGAUUUAUAUAUAAAUAUAUAUGGAUAUAUAUAGUGAUGAACCAAUUCAAUUUUAAAAUAUCACACGCGAAUAUUAUGGCUACACCUACUGCUCUUCAUCAUCCACAUCACAUUGUGCUGCUUCCGUUUCUAGCUCACGGCCAUUUGAGCCCCUUCUUAGCCCUCGCAAGACAAAUCAAGCACACAUCAAAAGCCUUUACGAUCACCAUAGCCACCACAGCUCUCAACCUCAAAUACCUCCGCCAGUCCACCAACCAUGGCGACGACAUCCUCUUCGCAGAACUUCCCUUCUCCCAUCAUGACCGUCAAAGCACAGAGAACUUGGCCAUUUCUAAGAUACCGGACCUCUGCCACGAAUCACUCUCUCUUCAGUCUCCUUUCCGUCAACUCAUCCGAGACAUCAUCGCCAAAGACGGUCGUCCACCGCUGUGUAUCAUCUCCGACGUUUUCUUUGGAUGGGCUAUCGACGUUGCCAACAGCCUCGGCACUCUCAACUUCACCUUCACCACCGGCGGCGCCUACGGAACUAUGGCUUAUAUAUCAUUGUGGCUUCACCUCCCACAUCGCCAAACUGAUUCUUCAGAUUUCGCUUUGCCGUGUUUCCCAGAACGGUGUCGUUUCUGCCGCGGUAAGCUCAACUCGUACUUGAGAUCCGCAGAUGGUGAUGAUCCUUGGUCGAGGUUCAUGCAGCCCCAGAUCUCCCUCUCUUUAAAAUCUCACGGUUGGUUGUGUAACACAGUUGAGGAGAUAGAGCCUUUAGGUAUAAAGCUUUUGCGUGAUUACAUUCAUCGUCCAGUUUGGUCUAUUGGAGGUUCUUCGUCUUUGUCCAAAAAAAACACCUACACAGGCAAAGAAGUGAACAUAUGCUCUAAUAAAUUGGAGAAAUGGUUAGAUGAACAGGAACCUGGAUCUGUGAUAUACGUUUCGUUUGGUUCUCAGAACACAAUCGGUUCGUCCCAAAUGAUAGAAUUGGCGAAAGGUUUAGAGAGGAGCAGGAAGCCUUUCGUUUGGGUUGUGAGACCUCCACUCGGUUACAACAUUAAAGGAGAGUUUCGUUCAGAAUGGCUCCCCAAAGGAUUCGAACAGAGAAUGACAGAGGCAAAACAGGGUUUGGUAGUUAGAGACUGGGCGCCCCAGUUGAAGAUUUUGUCGCACAAAUCCACAGGGGUGUUCGUGAGCCACUGUGGGUGGAAUUCGAUAAUGGAGAGCUUGAGCCAUGGCGUGCCAAUCGUGGGGUGGCCACUGGGAGCGGAACAGGUGUACAAUUCCAAGAUGCUGCGGGAGGAGAUGGGAGUGAGUGUGGAGCUGGCGAGUGGUGUUGAUAGUAUUGUUUACGAGGAGGAAGUGUUAAAGGUUAUUGAUAUAGCCAUGGAUGGAAAUGGUAAGGGCGGAGAGAUGAGGAAGAACGCUAGUUUGAUUAAAGAACAAAUAAUAGAUGCCAACAAUAUUAGAGAGGAUGGGAAAGUGAGAGGAUCCUCUGUGAAGGCGUUGGAGGAUUUUCUAACUCAUGUCCUAACAAUGACUAGUAAAGAGGAGAUUCAGUAACCUUUUUGGCUUUACUACUGUGUUAGAGAAAGAAUUGCUCUUAACAAAUUUAGUAUUAUUCUUAGUAUUAUAUGUCAUUGUCAGCCAGCCUCAUGAUCUCCUAAGGAGUAAGGCAAAUAAUUUAUUAAUUAUCAGAUCAACGUUGCAUGUGUACGUGUGAAGAAAAUGGCUGCAUUUGAGCAAGUAUUACUUUCAAUACCA